AUGUCCGACCACGGCCCCACCGUGUCCGCCGCGCCGACCACGCCCGUUGUGCGCCCGAGCUCACGUGUCCACACGCGCUUGUCCCAAAGCUCGCCCGUGCUCUCCGUGCCGCUCAGGCCGCCGAGCGCGAGGCGCCGCCCUGCCCCGCAGCUGCCGCUGCAGCGCCCUCCCGCUGUAGCCGUCGACCCAUGGCUCGCGCCGGCCUACCCUGCAAUAGUCGACCCUUGGCGCUUGGGGCUCCAGCCAUCCCGACCUGCAGCUCGCGCCGACCAGCCAUGCCCCGCAGUUGCCGCCGCCGUCGGGCCCAGCGGUCCACCUCACGCCCCCCCCACGCGCAUGCUCAUCUCCGCGCCCGCCCCCACGCUCCGGCAGCCCCCACGCUCGCCCGCAGAAGAACCCACCUCCGCGCGCUCGCGAGCGCCGAGCUCCGGAGCCGCCGCAGCUCGCCCAACGCAAUGCCCGCCACCACGCGCCCGCAUGCUCGCCAACCAGCGCACCCGCACGCCCGCCACCACGCGUUGA